AUGAUUGAUCCAUACUCAUAUUUUGAUCGAUAUAGUAAAACGAAAAUUUUUCAACUUCAAGCUGCUAGCAAUGAGUUUUUUCUACUUAACAAUGAAGACUUCUUCUGGAAUGAUUUACAGGUAGCUACUGGUGAAUCUUAUUUGAGCAUAACAGAAUACGAAGAAAGUUUAUUGAGUUUCUAUUUAAGUGUUGCAGAUAGAGUACCUUUACCAUCAAUGAAAUGGACACGCACUGUGAAUGGAACACACGGCAUCAUUCAUGCUGUCAUUGAUUUCAGUGCUGGAAGACCGAAACCGGCAAUUGUUACUGCUUAUCAAGCUCGUACUAGGGAUACUUUGAAACGUGAUUUUCGACGAGCAAAACUUGAUCAAACUUAUGGGAACGUUGUUUUUAAUCCUAUCAUAUGGACAAAUACAGCUGUUCAAUUCGAGGAACAAAUUGGUUCAACUAUUUCCUAUUCACUUAUAGUUUCUAUUCCAACAGAUGGUUAUUGGAUUGCUGCUCUUCUUCAGGCUUCAUUCUCUGGACGUGAAGGUACAACAUUAAAAUAA